AAUUUAAUUACGAUAAUAAAUGAAUAUUGUACAAAGUUCCUUCAUUCAUCUAUUAAAACUAGGUAAUAUCCCAAACCACGUAGGUGUGAUUAUGGAUGGUAAUCGACGAUAUGCUAAACAAAGGAGAAUUGAGCCAACUGAAGGUCAUAUCUAAGGAUAUCAAUCUUUCUUGAAUUUACUAGAAUGGAGUUAAAAAUUGGGAAUUAAAGAAAUAAGCGUAUUUGCUUUCAGCAUUGAGAAUUAUAAUAGAUAAAGGGAUGAAGUGCAAUUUCUCAUGGAAUUAAUGAAAUAAAAAAUGCACCAUCUGCAACAUGAUCUUAAUUUUAUAGACUAAAACCAAGUUCGAGUCAAAUGUUGUGGAGAUCUUGAUAUCUUAUAAGAUCAAGAACUAAAAUCCAAAUUAUUGGAGCUUGAAACCUAUAGUUCUAAAUAUUCUUAAUACAAACUCAACAUUUGUUUCUCUUAUAAUUUCACGAAUGAAUUAGAAAAAGCUAUUUAAUCAAUGCCAAAAGGAUUAACCAAAUAAGAGUUCUUUUAGUAAUUAAGCUCACAUUUAAUGGUAACUAACUCCCCUGACAUUCUAUUGAGAACCUCUGGUGAAACUAGAUUAAGCAAUUUCUUACUAUAUUAAAUACGAGAGAAUACAGUAAUUCAUUUUAUUGAUAAAAAAUGGCCAGAGUUAUCAUUUCUAGAUUUUUGUAAUAUGAUUUUAUUCUAUAGAAAAAAUAAAAUUUGA